CACAGUGUGUAGCCAACUGUGUCGCUGUCAGCAUCUCCUCUUUUGCAGAUUUCAUUCAGUGCGUUUCGUACAUGUGCUUUAGUCUUAUUCAUUGGACUAUCGUAAUGCAACCUUAGUGAGAGAGGAUUUCGCCAUAUAUUGGUUUUCGUGUACUAUUUCGCCAUGUCUACAGCCCAAGAGGCAAUUGAAUUUGAUUCAGGAUAUGAGACUCCGGUGAAUAAUAAUGCCAAGUACAUGUGACAACAUGGUCACUUGUGAAAAACGUUCCGCGCUGAAGAAAUCUUGCAGUGAGGGGGCGGCGCCUUCUGCUGGGGUGUCCUUCGGGAGUAACACAGGCUCAAUGAUUGAGACCCUGAUAAUUGACGACUGCUUCCCUUUCACGUCCGACGAGAAAAACUUCUAUGAGAGGAACAUCCGCUGCUACACAGGCAACAACUACUACUGCCAGGAGAUCGCACCAGUAAAACAUAGGGUAACAUUCUCAGACAGUUAUAGUCCAACGGAAACACGUAAAAUGGCCAAUCACACCGGUGGGACGCAAAGUCCAUCUAGUCCAACGUCACCAGACACGCCCUUGGCUCCAGCGCCUCCAAGUAUUUUAAUAACUAGGCCAUUAACUCGCUCCCAAAGCAUGGAGAGUCGAGAUAACCCGUUUCAGCCAGACGGCGACCUUUCGAAGGAGGCGGACGACAUUUUAAAACGAUCGACCAUAUCUCGGACACAAGUUCUGAUCGACGAUCCCGAAAAGUCAUAUGACAGUAACUUUGUUGGUGAGGAUUCCAUCCAGCCGACGCACGUUUCCGGAAUAGAAUCCAUGCCAAAUAGUAAAAUUGAUCAGAAUCAGAACAAAUCGGGUGAUGUGGUGCGACCUGGGGAUAUUAAGUUAAACGAGAAUAAUCGUAUGGAUAAUGCAACGCCACAGUCAGUGGAGGUGGAAGUCGGUAUAGUUGUACCGGCCGCGGACUCACAUAUGCAAGUAGAACAUGUUAAGUUGAAGGACAAGAAAAAGUGUGAGUGCUGCAUCAUGAUGUAGUUGGGAUUACUGCUAGGAUGUUUUCUAUCAAAUAGACUGGGGUGGAUUGGAGCAAAGCUACAUCAUCUAUACUCCCGAGUCGCCCAGGUUAUGGAGCGGUGUUCUGGAAGCGGCGUUGGUGAUGGGGAGGACGUGCAACCAUGGCAGUGGACCCGAUCGUUUGUAAGCGUGAGGAGCAGCGAGCAUCAAGGAACCUUAUUAUCCGGGACUUAACGAAUGGCCACUCUCUGCAUGCUCGGGCCAAGUUUUCGCGUACUCCGGUAUCGAAUCGCUGUAUAUAGCAUGGAAAUUCCUCUGUCAGUUUGCCGUGGAGUAUGUGUAUUUUCGGAGCUAUCGCCUGCGCUCCAUUACUAUAGAUGGAUACUGUGCCAAGCCUGCAGUCCUUGCUAUAGUCAGGAUAGCAUGCCAAGCCUGCAGUACACUUCUAUAGAUCAGUAGAUGAGUACUGACCGUGCCAAGCCUAUCAUUGUGCGCCUGCCGUCGUGUGCUAUAGUUGGAUGCUGUGCUGAGCCACUUCUUAACGUGGAUUAUGUCAGUUCGGUGGUUUUUCAUACGCUUCGCUAAGACAUGGUAGUGUCAGCUGAGCAGACUGACUGGAAGUAUCACUUCUUGGGUAGAUGAGGGUGGAGGAGGCAUGUUCAUACAGCUGUCGAUAGCAUUGCAUUUUUUUAAUGUUGGGCAUUUGUGGCGGAUUAUUCAUAUCAUCAACAUAGACUUCACCUGCCACAAUUACUGAUUACGUCUGAGCUUGUAGUGGCUUGUUUUCAACCAUGGAUAACCAUCCGGGAUUAAUGUGGAUACCUAUUACGGAAAUACUCUGGGGCUUCUGUGUAUCGUGAUAUUAUCUUCCCUCAGGGUAGAGGAAAAACGCUUGUACUUGAGUACCUUGGUGAUGAAAGUGGAUCGAAAGGGGGCACACCUUAAACCUAACUAUCUCUUCUUUUUCUCAAAUCAACUGUUUCCAGUCUCAAGCCUGGGAAGAUUUGCUGAAUGUAUUUGCUGACUUGCAGACAGCAAUUGAACCUGUUCUUAUAUUGAUGUAUGAUGUUAUUUAACAUAUUUCUGUUUAGGCACUGUGACACUGACCCUCAAUGACCUGCAGUCUCCAACUGGAUCUUAGAUGGGAAGCCAGCGCAAGGGAUAACGAGCUACUUUCAGCUAUUGUGGAAAAUGUGUUGCCACCAAAAAAUCCUUUGAAAAUGUUUGGGAAUGAAGUAGUAGUGCCCUUGUUUGAAUUCUAAGUACUGUAGAUCCCUUAAUUUUCUUGAGCAUUUUUUUCGCGGAUAAGUUUAUAGCGAAAAUUGAAAAUCACGAAAGGUACUUUAGGUUUGGAAACAGGAACAACUUUUAUAAUCCGUCAAAUUGAAAUUGAGAAAUAUGCAAAUCGCAAAAAUGAAGCUUGAAUAUUUGGUGGUUUGCAGUGUAUCAACUGUGAAGAAAUGGACAAGUGACAGCGGCAGUAUUAUAUCUUAGACAUUUCGUCCUAGGCUUUGUAUAUUGCAGAAGGCGUGUGAUAUUUAAGAUAUGUUCAUGUACACAAGCUUCGGUAGAGAUCGGUUCAUGGCCAUCUCACUGGAGGGCCAAGACGACACUCGGUAAUUCCUACUUAUUAUAAUGGGGGCGUGUGAUGUCAUGAUGUCUCCUUUUGGGAAGAAGAUGAAUGAGUAAGUUAGACUUCUCGCAACCAAUCAGAAAGCAGAUAUGACGUCACAUGCCUUCCUGGUUUAUUAGUCGAUGGCCCUCUUGUGAAAAGAUUAUAAACCAAUCUAACAUUAGUGAGGCUGCCUCACCUGUCUGUGAAGUUGUACAGGCAACUGCGAUCAGUUUCAAGCCGGAAAGAAUUUAUCGGUGUUUAACACCAGAGGCCUAUCCGACCUCGUGCCCAAGUGAUGGAAAACUAUGUUAGAGGUGUGUAGUCAUGCUUUUCAACUGCAAAUGCCCCAAGGUUCACCAAAACCUAAAGAUUUUGGCUGAUUUUCUGACUGAUGGGGACGAAAGAGGUGUUUUGCCCCAAUGACCAAAAAGCUACUGACUUGGUCAGUACUCUUAAUUUGACCAAUUGGCAAUUAUGUUGGAUUCUGUGGCCAUGUAUGUCAUCGGAAUGUUGUGUGCAAUGUACUUGACCUGUCCCUGCCUUGUGUGUCAUAGGUGAUUGCCAUGAAUCUUCGCCCCUUUCUUGGAGGGGUUGGUUGUUAUUACUAGUUAUGCUGUGAAUGCAGUAAUAUUUCAUCAAACAUGUCAAACACCAAUUCAUUGUCAUCAUUCAUUGGGAUGCUAAAAGAUUUCAUAUCAAAAUGCAAAUCCACCCUACCAGCGGUCCUGCAAGAAAUCAUUUCAGGCAGGCGUCAGAAGAGGGGUCGGUUUAUACAGAUACUUGAUGCUAUUUUCAUUUGCCAUUGGACGAAGAGCUCUAAAAAAUACAACCUGUAGGAAAUCCCUUUAUCAGUAUGACUUGGAGAGCAUGUAAAUAAGCGGUUUAUUCGGCUUGAGAAGAAUUGGAACUGGUUUAUGGAAUCAUAUUAUUGGGUUAAAACCAACUUUGUAUAAAAUGCUUUGCUUGCAAACUAGCAUACUCUAGUUUCACUGAUCAUAGACUGUUUCUGAAUGUUAAAAAAAACAGCACAUGUUAUGCACACGGUCUUAAAUGCAGUUCAGCGCUUUCAAUUUUGCUUGAAAACAGAUUGGCCUUAUCAAGUUCUCUGAUUGUCAUGACUUCAUUUUCAGGCUUGGGCUCCAUUUCACUUUAUGGUAAUCAAUCAAGCAGUCUUAGAUUGAUGAAACUAGAGUAUGAUACUAAAUUCAGAACCCGCUUCAUAGCCAACAUGUAAAAUUUGUAAAUUGUAAGAAUGCUCACUAGUAUUUAUAUGUCAGAUGAUUAUUAUCUUCUGAGUUUGGUACCAGAUGGAUCAGAUGAUUGGACCCCGGCAAAUGUAUCUGAUCCCCGGCAAAUGUAUCUGAUCCCAUAUCAACGUCUUACUCUUGAUUAUUUGAAGGUGUGUCAAUUUAAAAGCUACUUAUUCUGCUUGCAUAUUUUCUUGAUUCAUGCUGAAAACGACCUGGGGGAAAUGACCAGCCUUGUUGGGGCUUAUGAAGCAUUAGGGGUUACAAUCCUUUACCACCAGGCUGAAAGUGGAGGAAAAGGGGAGAUGGGGAGAACACUGAAGGGGAGUACUUUGUGUCCUGAGAGGCCUUGCAAAGAAGGUACCUCCUCCCUCCCCUCGACUCAAAAGUUGAGACGUACUCUUCAUCCUGAUUGUGUCCUGUCAGAAUGGAAUUCGCAUGAAGGCCUGGAUCACCAACUUUAUGCGACUUGCCAUUUGCAUCGAACAGCUGUGAGCUGUUUCUUGUGUGAGUCAUUGUAUGAGUAUCAAAAUUAUCAGGCCGGCAAGUUGAUUGAAAUUUUUCGUCAAAAGUCUCUAGUUUUCUGUCAAUGCAAAUUGGCAAUGGCAUACCACAGUACCUUGAUCAAUCUCGACGAAAGGUAAUCUGGUCAUUUGCAUCACCAACCCUUGUAGUAUUUAUCCAAAGAAGUAAUUUUGGUCCAAUCUAGAGGUUUUUUUGGAACUUUCAAUUAACUUGUUAAUUCGUGGCCUGGUAUGUUGUCUUGUUUCGAAUUUCAUUAGGUGCUUUUUGCUGGUCUUGCCAGCCCAGGCAUCAGUCCCAAGUCUUUGUUAUGUAUGCCCUCGCAAUCUAUGGAUAUGACCCCUUGAGGGAGGACAGUGGCGUCUCCGGCUGAGAUGACGCAUCCGCACAGCUCCCAUAGAUGCAAUUUAAUGGUCUGUUUCAAGCUGUCUUCGUCAGGGGUGUAAUAUCUUUUGGUUGUGAGGACUUGGAGGGUUUUGAGGGGGAGAUGAAGUUGAUUGAGUGCUAAUGUCUGCUGAUUAUUGCUAUAAACUUUUGUAAAGAUUUGUCAUUAAACCUUCAUCAAUGUUAUCCAAAUCAUUUGCAAGGUGUGAUCUGUCCUGAAUAGAAAUAUUAUAGUAUACAGGGUGAUACAAGAAUGAGUUUUCAUGCCAAGUUCACCCGCGUUUUGAUCGCGCUUGUCAGAGAAUCUAUCCCGAUGAUGCAAACCAGCGGGACUUUUGGAGUGUGGUGAUGUAGAUGCAGAAGUCUUAUACUCAUUUCUGAGGGUUGUGAGUUCAACUCCCUGCUCUUCUAAUCAAGUUAAAAAACCUUGAGGCGAAGAAAUGAAUGUGUUAUUUUUACGAAACAGCCUAUAGCUAAAGUUGGUUGGUUCUUUCAAAUAUACAUGUAGCGCCCUCUCUUACUUAUUAUUGGUUCUAUUUAGGAUGCAACAUGCCUUACUUUUCAUUUUCAUAGGUAAACACUGCCAUUUUUAACAAAGACAAGCUGUGUUAGUCUGAAGUAUUAUUUGAGCAAUACGUGUUUCACAUCAUCCCAUCCUCACCCUCUGGUGGGACUGUUUUCAUUAAUAGGGCGUCGAGAUAUUGGCGUCCUAUAUUGGCAUUGAAAGGAGGCGUCGUAUUUCAUCAUACAUGUAUAAUAAUUGUUUGCUUCAAAAAAAAUGGGGGGGGGUGCCGCAGAUCUUUUCCUCAGUACUGUAAUGUGAGCACUAGACUAUUUAGUCAAAUCACGCAACGCUUUUCUGUGGAUAAAACAAUGUUUUAGAAACCUUUUAGUAAAUUACCCAUUUCACAUUUCAUACCAUUUACCUGUGCUUUAGAGUGUGAAGAUUGUGAAGGUCUCCAUAAAUCAACUUCUAAAAGAAUUCAAACUUUUGUCGUGUUUUUUAACAUUGGAAACUCACUUCCCUCAAAGAAGGUAACUCCUGACGCCUCCUUUACGUAUAUUUACGUGUUUUUGAGUCCACAAAACCUUCGAGGGGCGUGGAUACAAACCAUCACAGGGUAGUCUGUCAGAAGCUGUGGAUUUUGGGCACGAUCCUCCAAGGCCCUCGUGUGAGAGGCAUGACUGCCCUAGGUACAAGGUUGGGCUUAAAGGGCCUGAUAGUGAGGCUGGUGUGACACAUUUUGUCGUGACGAGAUAUUGAGAAGACAAGGCAUAGUUCAAAGACUAUUUUUUGAAAUUUCAUCGUUGGGAGAAAUCACCGAAGCUAACAGCGUUUCUUGUUCCAUGAAUAGUGAAAGCGAUCUCAAUGGAAUGCUCAAAAACAAUGGCUUGGCUUUCAACAUCGUAUGAAUGCAGAUAAAUUGCAUUCAUUUCAGUUAUUUUCACCAUAUUUGCACUGUAGGUGCAUCUCAUUCCAGCGUGUCAUCUAAUUUCUACCAGUGGGCUGGUGACCUUGCUACUUGAGUGACAUUACAGAAAAUUGUCGAAAAAGGCAUCAUAUCUUGAAAAUUUUCUUCAAAUCUUUUUCUGAUACCUGCUACUUGGGUUUAUUCUAGAAGUAAUCUAUACCUCUGUGUUUUUACAGUGCCUAUGUUCAGUAGCAGUAAAGGUAUUUAGUUGUAUUGGAAAUAAAACGUCUGACAACACCUUGGCAGAUGUUGUGGUUUAGUCGAAUACUUUGUACAUGCUUAUAGUGAGUAUGGCACCUCUGUGUUGCUCGAUCAGGGUAAAGAAGGUUUGGAGCAAUAUCUGGAGCAGGGAAUGCUGACGUUGAGAUAUUUCCAACCAGGCACUUUGUUGAGUCUAUUUACAAGAUCGGCACGUCUGCCAAUGAAAAAUUGCAUGAAAAACAUACAGACAUGGUAUUGAGUUUUUCUGUGUUGAAAGUCUUUCAAAGUUUUCCAGUGCUCUGACUUCAGAAUGCGUCACACACACAAACUUUCGACCAAGUCCAAGAGUACAUAGUUUAAAGUGGUCAAAACCGACGGUUAAUUUAAUGUAAAAAUCAUUAAUGUAUUCGGUAUGUGUUGGUGUUUUGAAUUUGUUGUUGAUUUAUUUUGUGUUUUCAAAUGGAAAUUUUUAUUGUGGAGCAGGUUGAAGAGAUAUUUAACUCUGAAUGAAAGCUUCAGGCUUGGUAUGGUUUAUCAGUGUUUUAGAAAUUUUGUGAACCAGGCAUCCUCGUCUCCAGUGUUUGUUGUCUCUUCCUUGUGAAUUGGUGAUGAAUCCUGGGUACGGGGUGUGGCAGGUUUUGAAUGUGAGUGGCAGCCUCGUUGAAGUCAAUUUUUAGAGCUAUACUCCACGCAGAGAGGCUGUCUGGGUUUACGACUUUGACGACUUUGAGUCAACACCACAUGGUCAGUUGAAGUCGGAAUGAAAAAUCUGGACAUUUCAUUAUGUGUUAUGUGUGCACAUUGAUAUGUAACCAUAGUAACCAAGGAGUAACCAAGGCAUAUUCACUUAUUCAUGCCCAUGUGUAGCUUGAUACAAAAUAUUGAAAAUUUUGUUUGAACUUCUGCCGAAUGCUGAGCUGCUUCAAGACUCGAAGAGUAUUUUGUAUAGGUUGGCUGGUAGUUAAAUGAUUGCAAUAUUGCACAGGAAACAAUGUUAUGAAAAAAUGUUAUUCAUUUCAAAAGCAUACGAGUCCUAGAUGCAGAGAUUCACAGAUUUUGACAUUUCUGCAGACGAAUUUCAUCCAGGAAUAGAACACCAAUAUGAGGGUUUGAGUGUAUCCUAUAAGUCAUAAAUACAUUAAACAUCUCAUCUCGCUUCUGUUGACAACGUCAUAUCUUAUCAAUAAUCAUUAAAAAAACUAACAAAAAAGUUGCAAAAAACAUGUUUCAAUGUAGUUUUAUUUUUAUUUAAUGGACUUCAGACAUUUGUAAAAAAGCAAAAAAAUAACACACGUAAUAUCAGUGGGGAAAUAUCCGAAUUUGACAACGCGUUGUCGAAUUCAGAUUUUUCCCAAACUGAUAUGAGAAGCUAGGCAAUGAUUAGUUUGUUGUGCCAUAUGGCUUCUCAUUGUAAAUGUUCCCCUGCUUCCAAUGCCCCCUGCCAAGGAAUACUUGGUCUCGCUACCAUUAUGAUUGAGGUAUUUACAUGUCAGGCUAUGAAUGCCACGCUAGCACUCUUUGCAUUCGUUGAAUCUGUACCGGUAUAUUCAGAUAGUAAAUGUCUGGUCUUUUUACCCUCUUUGUGUAAAGUUAAAUGAUUUUUCUUCGUUUUCUGAGAAUUAGAGCUCCUCUUGGGCGAUAUGUCCUGAUCAGGUCAUAUUCAUUCAGGUAUCCUGCUGAUUUUCAUGAGAGGCAAGAGGGAGAUGCAUGUGGAUGACCCUGGUAUGGCCAGAUGUGGGCAUGUGUUCGUUCUAGUCUAACUCAGUCUCUCUUUAGGGUAAAAAAUAGUAGGAAUUUGAGUAGGAGUUCUGCUUCUGUGCCACCUCCGUGAAAACAUAAGGUAAGGAGGUACAAUUAUAGCCUCUAUGCAUUAAUGUGUACUACAAGAUGUUUUCUAUAACGGUACUCGGGCUAUAACUGUACCCCUUUUCCAUACCGCUAACUUAUUUACGUUCUGUCCGACCAUGCCAGCAUAUUUGUUAUUGUUUUAUUUGUGCCAUUUAGUUUUUGAGUUGUUAGACAACUAAAAGUAGUUCUUAUGUGCAGUAGAGCACAGUUUACCUUUUCUGGUAGAUUACAUACUUUAUUUCUGGCUUUGGGUCUUAAAGUUUUCAAUUUUGAUACUUGCAGGAUUUUAUUUCUUUGAUUCUUGCGACAAAAUACGAAUUGAUUGUGAAGAGUGCUAGCAGAGGCCGCUGUCUAUUUAUAUAAAUACAGAAACAGCCAAUACCUUCAAUAAAACAGUCAAGCGACUAAUAUACAAUUA